GACCUACUGGGAUUGUAUUGGAGAGCAGCUUUGUGGGGAAAUUAAAACUUUCUUCUCACAAAGCUCAAUGCCGGAAGGAUGGAACGAUACUCACUUGGUGCUAACACCGAAGAUCUUGAAUCCGGAGAGAGUUUCCCAAUUCAGACCUAUUAGUUGUUGCAACUUCCGGUACAAGGUGAUAUCCAAAAUCAUGACAACAAGACUUAAUGUUUGGAUCCCUCAAUUGGUUGAUGAGAUGCAAACGGCUUUUAGUGGAGGGAGAGCUAUUCAGGAUAACAUCAUCAUUGUCCAUGAGGUCAUGCACCAUUUCAAGACUCGCCCAAAAGGCGUGGGAAAUGAUGAUUAAGAUGGAUAUGAAGAAGGCUUACGAUAUGGUUGAGUGGGAGUGUCUGGAGAUUAUCCUUAGAGCUAUGGGUUUUGCAAAUCAAUGGUGUCUUUGGAUCAAGGAGUGCAUUGAGACUGUGCGGUUUUCGGUCUUGUUCAAUGGUCAACCCUCAGAGUUCUUUCAGCCGUCCAGAGGCAUCCGUCAGGGAGACCCUCUCUCUCCAUUGCUUUUCAUUCUCCUUACUAAUGCGCUUUCUUUUCUCAUUUCCAAGAGUGUUCAGGAAGGUACUUUUCAAGGCAUUUCUCUUAACCCAAAUUGUCCUAGACUUACCAAUGUGCUUUUUGCAGAUGACACAAUUCUGUUUGGGAAAGCUUCUUUGGUAGAGGCUAUGCAUAUUAAAAAAACAAUGGAGACUUAUGGCAAAAUGACGGGACAGGAGAUCAAUUGUGAAAAACCAGCCCUCGCUUUCAGUCACAACACCCCUGAUACUAUUAAGCAGAUCAUCGCUCAAUGUUUGGGUAUCCCUCUUGAAAAGGGUUUGGGAAAAUACCUGGGGGUCCCUACCGAAUGGGGCAGAUCAAAGAAAGAAGUCUUCUCGGUUCUUGUGAGCAGAAUGGAAAAGCUUUGUCAAGCUUGGAAGGGUCUUGCUCUUUCUCAAGCAGGAAAAGAAACAAUGUUGAAAUCGGUCUUUCAGGGUUACCCCACAUAUAUUAUGUCCUGCUUCCUCCUUCCAAAAGGAACGACUAAGAAGAUGAAUUCACGCCUCAAUGCUUUCUUCUGGGGAGGGGACAUGGAGAAGAAGGCAAUCCCAUGGAGAAAAGGGAGUGUUUUAACGGCUCCUAAGCAGGAAGGAGGUAUGGGGUUUAAGGACUUCCAUCAAUUCAAUAUGGCCCUGUUGGCGAAGCAAGGUUGGAGAAUUCUUAAUGGGAAGGAAGAGACAUGGAUCAAGCUUCUUAAGGGUCUCUAUUUUCCUAAUGGUGAUUUUAUGGAGGCUGAGAAAGGUAGGAGGCCAUCCUGGAUUUGGGCUAGCAUUUGUGAAGCAAAAUCCAUCUUGAAGUUGGGUUCUCGAAAGAACAUGGGAAGUGGUAGAUCGAUCUCGUUGGAAAAAGACCCUUGGAUUCCAGGUAUCCCAAACUUUAAGUUGCAGCCGAGGAAUAGACAACAACUGUGGGCUUUUCAAUGGGUUAUGGAUGAUGGGUGUGAAUGGAACCUUGACAUGAUCCAACAAAGCUGCUCUACGGAUGAAGUGGAGGCUAUUAAGAGAAUCCCAAUUGGCACGGAUUCUUCUGAGGAUGACUGGGUUUGGCAUUUUGAGAGAUCAGGGUUGUUUUCAGUGAAAUCAGCUUACCAUAUUUUCAGGGAGUCAGAAAGAGAUCGGUUGGGGACCUCAAAUCCGAAUCAUCCUAACUGCACCUCAAAAGCUUGGAAAUGGCUUUGGAGUCUUUCUUUGCCUCCAAAUAUCCUCUCUUUUCUGUGGAGGAUAUCGAGGAAUGCGAUUGCUACGAAGGGAAAUCUAUGGCAUAGAAAAUGUAGUCCAUCCCCGCUUUGCGAUGUCUGUGAAGGGGAUGUGGAGGAUGUGUGGCAUUGCUUCUUCCAGUGUCCUCACGCUGCUACAGUUUGGCAGAUCCUUCAGCCUUCGCUCUCUUUGCCCCAGGACCAGACGCCGGUUGUUAUGUGGUUAUUGGAUAUCUGUGUUGGUUCCCCUACAGUCUCUAUACCUGGGGUCGUGGCUUGCCUUUGGGCUAUCUGGUUGGCCAGGAACGAGAGAGUCUUUAAAGGUAUCAUCCCCCGCCCUUCAGUGACUUCAGCAAAUGCAGUUAGAGAUUUCUCUUUCUGGACGACUCCCCUUCAGCAUCCUACCCCCCUCGGUGUCCAAGCCCAACACCUCUCUAACCAUAAUACACUUAGCCCACCACCUAGUUCUUCCCAGUGGGAAUUUCACUGUGAUGGAUCUUUUAGAUCGGAAUCACAGGUGGCGGCUUAUGGGGUCAUCAUUACGAACUCCCAUGGGCAAGUUGUGGAUGGUUGUGUUGGCACUUUCUUCUGUUCAUCAACGAUAGUUGAGGAAGCAAAAGCCCUCUUGACGGCAGUGAGAGCAGCAGUCUCCCUCCACGGUUCAGCUUCUAUCUUCUCAGACGUAAGGUGCUUGUGGAUAUCAUUCAAGAUCAGCAUAAAGUAGGUCCUUGGCAAGUGAGAGCUUGGAUUCAGUGGAUACGCAAUCUGCUCAGAGUGAAAGUCGGAUUAUCUAUCUGCUUUACCCCAAGAUCUUGUAACAGAAGUGCAGAUUGGGUGGCAAAAGAAGCGGCAAAUGGAUCUCUCCCCCAAGAUUGGAUCCAAGUGCUUAAUAUUAUUGAUCCGAUAUUGUAAUGUGGCUUUGCUUGUACUUGUUCGUUGAUGAAAUGGAAAUCACAUAUUGUCAAAAAAAAAAACCAAAGUUCGUCAAAGAAAGACGCAUAAGUUAUCAAUAAAAAAAUUCGCCAUCAUUUUUCAUAAUUAGUAAUUUCUUUUUCUGACGUAUACUUUGGUUUAUCGACAAGGUCGUGGUUUCGAUAAUAACAUAUAGUUUAACGACCUUUUGGAAAUAUAAAAUUAUCGGCUAUACGUUUAUCACCACGUCCAACGAUCAUAUUUCGUUGAUAACAGUCAUUUAUGACAACAAUGCUAUUUUAUCGGCGAGAAACUUUGCGUCAAUAAUGAGCUUAGUUCAUCUCUUCUAUUACUCCAACUAAACAAAUACGUAGUCUUCCAUUAGAACAAACCCUAUAAGGAAAAACAUCCGUAAAGAACUUGUCAUCUAAUAUUUACUAGGUGGCGAUGCCGCACCUUGUCACGGGGCGGAGAUGGCCUAUGGGCACGUAUUAUGUGGCCCGUUAUGGUAUUUUUUAAUAUUAUUAGCUAAAAUUAAUUUUUUAUUAGCACUUUUGUUAGUAAUAUUGACACAGAAAAGAUAUAUGGCGGUCAACAUCCAAUUUAAAAAUCUUGAAAUUUUUUGCUAAUAAAUUAUAUUUACCUAAACCCUAGUAGACCCAUUGAUUAUGGGUAGGUAUGAGUGACGUAUAUAUGGGUUUGGAAGUUUGUAGAUGGGUUUGGGUAGGGGUGGACAAUGGGCGGCGGGUUGGGUGGAUUUUGGUCUCAAAUUGACCCACCUGCUUACUAGUGAGUUGGAAUAACUGUGACCCGCAAUCCACCCACAUACUUUGAGGGUUGGGUUGGGUUGGAUGGGUGGCGGAUGGGUGCGGUUGGGUCGCGGGUCAACCCGCAAAAGCAAUUCUCCAACUAGCUAUUAAGAAAGUUGACUAACAUUUAUAAUAACUUCAUAGCAAAUUAGUAAGAUUGUAUCAAUAAUUUGUGAUUUUGAUACAAUUAAUAAUUUAUACUUUGCAUCCCAAUAUUAAUGGAUAUUAACAAUAAUUUGCAUACCAAUAUCCAAUCUCUAAUGAAUAUUGCACAACACA